AAACAAUUAACACAAGCGAGCACGAAAAAGAAAAUUACAGUAACAGUCGAGAUUACACAGGAAUAAAUACGGAGUACGUAGGGGAACGUAUGACUAUUUCCAGUUUUGUCGUCAUGGCUGAACGGUGCGGCGCAAGCGGCUCGUGACGGCCGGCGAACGCGCACGUCAUCGCAGGAGCGCCGCGACGGUCCGCGCGCUUGGGUGUACAACAUCCGAUUCGAGAUCAGGUCCCUUCCGCGGAUCUGUCUGGGCGCUGCUGACGUUGGGAGGGCGAGACUGAUCCAGGGUCAGUGCGUGAGGACUCACGGCGUGCGCGCUAACUUCCUUCGUGCAGAGCCCUCGUCUCCACCACCUGCGCGUCUCCGAACUCGGAGGACAUGUGACCCCCCCCCCACUGAAAGCGAAACUCCGCGCAUUUGUCCGCUCCUCGCACAGCACGCCACCCGGCCCGCCCCUCCCCUCCCACGCAGGUGCGCCAUGUCGGCGGCCUCGGCCCCGCAGCAGCCCGCCGGGAAGAAGAAACAGGUCCGCUUCGCCAGGAUGGGGGGCCGCGGAGACCCCGACGACCAAGACGAGGACACGCUGUUCGACAAGAGGAAGGACACGAAAGGGGCGCUGAAGAGUGUCAUGAAGAGGGGACGUAGCCGGGUGGACGGCUCGCCGGGGGGACCUGCUGCGGGGGGCCCGGCGGGGGUGUGCGGCCGCUGGAUGAUCACUGUGGCUCUCUGCGCCUCCUUCCUCGGGCUGGGAAUGAGCAUCUCAGUGCUGGGGCCCACAUUCGGAGACCUGGCCACUAACGUCAAGCAGAACAUCAGCAACAUCUCCUAUAUCUUCGUGGGCCGUUCCACGGGUUACAUUUGGGGUUCCGUGUUGGCUGGGUUCCUCUUUGAUAUCAUGAACCACCAUCUUCUUCUGGGGUUUUCAAUGCUGCUCACCGCAUUUGGUAUGAUUGCGGUUCCCUUCUGCAAAAAAGCCCUGCUGCUCACACUGUUGAUGUCCAGUGUCGGAGUAUCCAUGGGCUUUCUGGAUACAGGAGGCAAUGUCCUCAUCCUCAACACUUGGGGAGACCGUGCUGGACCACACAUGCAGGCCCUGCAUUUCAGUUUUGCUGCCGGGGCCUUUGCUUCUCCCAUCAUUGCCAAGCUGCUGUUUGGAGGAGACGAACACUCUGGCGAGACCAACAUAUUGGCACCCAAGGGUGACCAGCUGCCAACCCCGACCCUGAAUUCGAGUGGUUCCCCCAUGGCCACUUUUCACCACAUGUCGCUUCAAUCCAUCUUUCAUUUCACCCAUUCAGAAGCCAAUACCCUGAAGUCCAUGUGGGCCUACAUUGUUAUUGGGUCCUUUGUUUUGUUGGUUUCCCUCCUCUUCUUCAUCAUGUAUUCUAGGAGCAACCCCUUGCAGGACACAGCUAAGGCCACCUCUGGGAAGCAGCUGGUGGCCAAACACCACAACGCCCUCAUUCUUCUCUUGUUCUUCUUCUUCUUCUGGUAUGUGGGCGCCGAGGUGGCUUACGGCUCCUUCAUUUACACCUACGCCAAAGACUACAUUCACCUGGACACGUCGCAGGCAGCAGGAGUGAACUCCCUGUUCUGGGGCACGUUUGCUGCCACGCGUGGGCUGGCCAUCUUCUUCGCAGCCUGCAUGAGGCCUGGCACCAUGAUUGUGCUCAGUCUGCUGGGCUGUGUGUUGUCCUCCCUGCUGCUGUCCCUCUUUAGCCGCAACAAGGUGAUUCUGUGGUCCUGCACUGCCCUAUACGGGGCUUCUAUGGCAACUACCUUCCCCAGCGGUAUCUCCUGGGUGGAGCAGUACACCACGGUGACAGGUCGCUCAGCCGCGGUGUUCGUGGUGGGAGCGGCACUGGGAGAAAUGGUUCUACCAGCGCUCGUUGGGUUCCUGCUAGGGAAGGUGCAGGACCACCCAGUACUCAUGUACCUGUCCUUGGCCACUGCUGCCAUUACCUCCAUCAUCUUCCCUGUCAUGUACAAGUUGGCCACUUCACCGAGCGGAAGUGGCCGAAAGCCUCGGGACAAAGGGAUUUCGGGCGCCGACGAUCGCGAGUACUGCCAGGCGCUCCUCGACACGGGCGCUGAGGAGGAAGACGAAGAGGAUGAGGAAGAUGAGGCGGAUCAAUGGAAUGAUGCAGAUUUUGAGGUGAUUGAGAUGGAUGAUGCCAGCCUUAUCAACUCGCCAAACAAAUCAGUAUUGUCGGCCUCAACUUCCACUGUGACUCUGGAAGAAAUCCCAGCAACCCCUGCGACCUCUGACCUCUCCGCAGAGGCAGCAAUCCCAUCAGCCUUCUCUGUGUCCAUCUCGCCCCAAAGGAGGCAACUUGUUGCCGUGGACAGAGAAAAGAGAGACUGAGGACAGCUGUACAGUGAAGUCGAAAGGCGAAAAGGUAUGUGAGGGAGGGUGCCGUCAGCGCACUUCACACAGGAAACGAAAUAAUAGACAUUUUGUGUCCCAGAUUUUAGGGGCAAGUAAUUUCCCUGAAUGAACAUCUGGAUUCUUCUGUGUCAAAUGCGUAACAUCUGGCUGGUGUGUAUUCUGUGCAAUCCGUUGCGUCCUCUUUCUUGGUUUGGUUCUUCGCCCAGCUCUGUAACACACUCUGGUAAGGUGUGUGUGUCCGGUAAUGCUCGUCUUUUUCCUGGGUCAGGAAAAAGAAGAGUUGUUUUGGAAAUCUGUGCUUUCAAUAUGCUUUCAUGAAAUAUUUCACAUUAUCAGUUACUGCAGUUUAUUCCACAUAAAUACGUGGUGGUAGAACCUUGGAAAAUCAUUUCGCUAGAUGGUUUCAGGGUUGCGUUGAAGAACCAAACAAGUAAAUGAAUAAACUUUGUUUGUGAAUACAUAAAAACAACCAAGGUACCGGUAAUGCGUAUGCUUUUAUUUGUUUUUUUUGUUACAAUAUUUUUGUUAGAUUAUGAAUGUUAAUCUGAUUUUACCUGCUCAGAAUGGAGCAAAAGUGUGGCCUGAUGGACUUGACCACAUGAAUAAUCUAAAUGAACUGUGCUAAGUAAUUUGUCAUACGUUUCUGUAAAUAGGCAUACACUUUUUUUUUUUUUUUUUUUAAUGUUAAAGAAUAUAGUGCAAUGUAUGCUGUAACAAGAGUAUGAGUUGUUAGGAUUUGAUGUUCUGAUGUCAUGAAUUUGUUGUCGGUUUAAAUUUUGCACAUCUUUGCCUUUUCUAUUAAAAACAAGAUGUUAGUUCUGAGGGGGUCACUGGUGGAAAGAAGAGUUUUCCCCCUUCUCCCAGGAGCUUAAAACUUUACCUGGAGCGUUGGUCAUUCUUCAGCUGUAAAGACAUGCAGGUCCUGAUCACAUCCUGAAUAUACUGGCGUCUUGUAUCAUAAAGAGUCAGUUUUCAAAAGGUACAGUUUUUCAGUUUAUUAAUGUCUAAUAAAGUGCCAGUGAUGAGUAACAAGA